CGUGACCUAUGGUCCUGCUUCGCUCACCCUCUGUGUCGAACCUUAGUUAACAGGUUGUGACAACUCAAUGUGUCAUAGAAUGAGAGAAACAGGAAAAGAAUAAGCUUGGGGUUUCUUAGAGGAACCGUACAGAACAAAGUGAGGGAAGAAACAUAGCGUAGAUCGCCGGAUUUAACGAAUGAAAACAUAAAAGAUAACACUCCCUCAUAGUUUCUCACGAAAACGUGUCUGUCAUCUCCGCCCCCAUGCGCUUUCCUUUCCCCUUAUAUUAUUCUCCAUCUUCUCUUCUCUCUAACUUCUCUUCCUCUCCUUAUUCCUUCUUUUCCUCGUUGCCACUCAUCUUUGCCUCCUCUCAUUUCUCUCCAUUUCAUUCCAUUUCUUUACCUGUUUCCAUGGCUCCUGCCUUUGAGCAAGUCCCAGUCCCACAGGAGGGUGAAACUGCAACUCCCCAUAACACUGACACUGGGAACAAUGUUGGUAAUGAUGGUCAAGGUGGUUUUAAAUCAAGGGUCACGGUGGUCGGAAGUGGCAAUUGGGGUAGUGUUGCUGCGAAGCUCAUUGCUUCUAACACUCUCAAGCUCAACUCUUUUCAUGAUGAAGUGAGGAUGUGGGUAUUUGAGGAGACAUUGCCAAGUGGUGGGAAGCUUACAGAUGUCAUUAACCGAAGUAAUGAGAAUGCUAAAUAUCUCCCUGGUAUUAAGCUAGGUAAAAAUGUCAUUGCAGAUCCAGACCUCGACAAUGCAGUUAAAGAUGCAAACAUGUUGGUUUUUGUGACCCCCCAUCAAUUUAUGGAGGGUAUAUGCAAGAGGCUUGUUGGUAAAGUGAGGGGAGAUGUGGAGGCUAUUUCCCUUAUUAAAGGGAUGGAGGUCAAGAUGGAAGGCCCUUGCAUGAUCUCCACUCUUAUUUCUGAGCAGCUUGGCAUCAAUUGUUCUGUUUUGAUGGGGGCAAACAUUGCAAAUGAGAUUGCUGUGGAGAAGUUCAGUGAAGCAACAGUUGGGUACAGAGACAACAGAGAGAUUGCAGAACAAUGGGUUCAAUUAUUCAGCACCCCUUAUUUCGUGGUCACUCCUGUUCAGGAUGUGGAAGGGGUUGAGCUAUGUGGGACUUUGAAGAACGUUGUGGCCAUAGCAGCUGGUUUUGUGGAUGGACUUGACAUGGGAAAUAACACAAAGGCUGCAAUAAUGAGAAUUGGUCUGAGAGAGAUGAGAGCUUUCUCCAAGCUGUUAUUUUCAUCUGUUAGGGAUAGUACCUUCUUUGAAAGCUGUGGAGUUGCUGAUGUCAUCACAACAUGCUUGGGGGGAAGAAACAGAAAAGUUGCUGAGGCAUUUGCUCAAAAUGGAGGAAAAAGAUCUUUUGAUGAGCUUGAAGCUGAGAUGUUGCAGGGCCAGAAAUUACAGGGUGUAUCCACGGCAAAAGAGGUCUAUGAAGUUUUAAGCCACCGUGGAUGGCUAGAGUUGUUUCCUUUAUUUGCAACAGUGCAUGAGAUCUGCAUCGGUCGUCUUCCACCAUCAGCCAUAGUUGAAUACAGUGAGAAGAAACCAAGGUUGUCCCUAUUAGAGGACUCUGCUCGUUACCAUUGACUUAUCCAUGGAUAAAAGUAACUUACAUUUCAGUUCACAGAAGUAGCUUUCUUCAGUUGCUU